AUGUUGUUGUUGCCCUCUUCAUUCUCAACUCUAGUCCAACCUUCUGCUCCUCCUGACCAGCUAUCUCUUUUGACAGUUAAAGCUACAAUCACCUCCGACCCCAAUAAUGCCUUAGCAAAUUGGAAUACCACUAUUCCAAUGUGUAAUUGGACCGGUGUCCUCUGCUCUCCUAAUUCGCAGCAAGUGGUUAUGCUGGAUUUCACAGCUAAGGGUUUACAGGGCGUCAUUUCUCUCGCGCUCGGGAAUCUCACGGCUCUUGUUCAACUGUAUCUCAACUACAAUCAACUGCAUGGCAGUAUUCCCGAUGAGCUGGGUAAGUUGACAGGGUUGAAGUUUUUAUUGUGUCUUGACAACUAUUUUACAGGUAUAAUUCUGCCCUCUCUCAAAAACCUCUCAACCUUACUGCACCUGGACUUGUCAAGUAAUAAUCUUCAUGGACCUAUUCCUCCUGAAAUAGGCAUGCUCACCCAGCUACGUUGGCUCUACCUCUAUGCUAAUCAGUUGUCGGGCAGCAUCCCUUCUUCCAUAGGAAACUUGUCAAACUUGGUUGUCUUGCAAUUGCUAGCCAAUAAUCUCACAGGUUCUAUUCCUCAUGAAAUAGGCAAUCUAACCCAACUAAGGACCUCAAGCUCAAUGAAAAUCAGUUGCCAGGAACAAUCAUUUUUCAGGAACCAUUCCUUUGGAAUUGGGGAUGCUGAUCAAUUUGCAAAAACUUCACCUAUGGAGAAAUGA